GGCCUUCAGUUACAGUCGCCAUUUUGUCGUCGUCGUUAACGGGCAGAGAAGGACGACAGAAAUAUCUAAACCACGACUCCCGGCGUUAUUUCUCACCGAGUCAGGGCAGAACAGAUCGCUACAUGAGUUCAUGGACUGCCUGCUAAUCAAUGGUUAUGGUAUUUACAAGCCCGGUGUAGGUUUUCCCGCGUCGCUCAGCUCAAAGAUGGACGACAAAGCGGCGAGGGAAGACGCCUGCCGGGAGUACCAGUCCUCUCUGGAAGACCUCACCUUCAACAGCAAGCCGCACAUCAACAUGCUGACCAUCCUGGCCGAGGAAAACCUCAACUUCGCCAAGGAUAUCGUCGCUAUUAUUGAAGCGCAAAUAAGCAAGGCCCCAUCUGCCGAGAAGCUUCCAGUUUUGUACUUAGUGGAUUCCAUAGUGAAGAAUGUUGGAGGAGAGUACCUUGCAGUGUUUGCUAAAAACCUAAUCACUUCAUUUAUAUGUGUCUUUGAAAAGGUGGAUGAAAACACUAGAAAGAGUCUGUUCAAGUUACGAUCGACGUGGGACGACGUGUUUCCUCUGAAGAAGCUGUACGCGCUGGACGUCCGGGUCAACUCUGUGGACCCGGCCUGGCCCAUCAAGCCGCUGCCGCCGACCGUCAACGCCGGCGCCAGCAUUCACGUCAACCCCAAGUUUUUAAAACAGAAUGAGGAGGCGUCCUCUGCGCAGCCUGUCCCCGCCCAGCCGGCGCCACCAGCAGCGCCCGCUCCGCAGCCGGUGCCCGCCGUCAGCCAGUGCAGCCUGACCCAGGAGCAGCUGAUCCGACAGCAGCUGCUGGCCAAACAGAAACAGCUUCUGGAGCUGCAGCAGAAGAAGAUCGAGCUGGAGCUGGAGCAGACCAAAGCACAGCUGGUCGGUGGUUUUGUGUUACCAACAUCGACAGCGGUCUCCACUCCAGCGGCGCCGAAGCCAGUCAGCCAGGCGGCUCCUGCGGUCCGACCCUGGAUCCCUCCUCAGACUCAGGCGGACGCCAAGCCGCCCACCAGAGACCCGCGUCUGAACCGCGCCGGCCCGCCCGCCGCCGCCUCCCAGUCCAAAGAACAUCCUGCUGGGAAGAAAGCGGACGCGACGUCAACAGGAAGUCCUCUUGUGACACCUGAGAAGUCCACCCGGCCAGACAAGGCCAGAACCCAGAGGAAAGACGUGCUGGAGGAGAAACCCAAGUCCAAGUCUCCGUCUCCGAUGGCCAAAAGUGUCCAGAGUAAAAACAGACAGGCGGAGGCGGAGCUUCAGAAGUCAGCAGACGGCACAAAGAAAGAUCCCAGGCUGAAGAAACGCACGCAGGACAAGACCGGGGAGGCCAAAGACGACGAGCUGAAGGAGAAGAAAAGAUGCACCGACAAGAAGGAGCGAGAGGAGGCGCCACGGGGAGCAGAGCCUCUGAGGUCCAGCAAGGGGAAGCUGGUCAACGGCGCGGUGACCAAACACGACCGCGAGGAGUCCUCAGAGAAGGCUGAGUUCAAGGCCGGAGGCAACGCACGAACACACGCCAGGAAACGCACCCGCUCGCGCUCCAGGUCGCCCUCGCCGAAGAGGAAGGACAGGCGGUCGCCCAAGAGCAGAACCAGGAGCAGCUCCCUGUCCCCGUCGCCAUCUCACAAGCCCGGCAAGCCCAGGAGGAUCCGCGCGGAAGAACCAGAACACGGCAAGCCCAGUCGAGAGGACCGGCUCGCGCCAAAGAAGAUCCAAUCAGAAAGCAGGAGGUCGAAGAGGCCGGCGGAGGAGCGGCACUCGGAGUCCAGAGACUCUCACUCCCCGCGGAGCCAUGACGGAGGCAGCAAGGACGCCAAGGACGCUCCUCACCGCUGGAGGAGCGGCUGGGAGGAGAACAAACAUCCGAAGCUGCCGGAGGACUCUCAUGUGAAGCCGGGACCUCAGAGACACAAACAGUACGGCCCCCAGGCCGCUCGCCCCGCCACCCCCCGGACCCCGAAGCAUCGCCUCAGCGUGGACGCCAACCUGCAGAUACCUGAAGUCCUCAACUCCGCCUCCAAGAAGGACCUGCUCAGGAGGGCCAGCAAGCGUCUGGAGAGCGGCGAGAUUUCCCAGGAGGACUUCCUGAACAUGGCCCAUCAGAUCAAACACUUCUUCCAGUACCGGGAGGAGAAGCAGCAGCACACGGACGGCUGGGACGAGUCCGGCAGCUUCUCCGCCAAGAAACAGCCGCUGCUGACCACGCCCCCCUCGGGUCAGCCCCGCCCCCACGACGCCAUGGACCCGGCGGAGCUGUCGUACUACGAGCACAAGUCCAAGCUGAGGAAGACGCAGGUCACCCGCCGGGCCGCCGGGGAGGAGUGGGAGGGCGAGGAGAGUCCAGAGGAGGCCGAGGAAGGGGUGCCGGGUGACAAGAUAGGCGGGCGGAGCGCCGCACACCAGCCGCCACAUAAAUACAGCCGGGCGCCACGGGACAGGCUAGGUGAGCGGCGAAGUAAAGAGCGCGAAGAGCCUCGGCCGCCGCUCGGCCCCAUGAUCGAGGAGUACAACCACGGCAAAGAGUUCCCCACCCUGAAAUCUCUACCCAACCUUCGCUUCAGGAGGCGAGCCGACCCCAGAGAGUCCAGUGAGAGGGAGUGGAACUCGCCGCUGACUGAGCGCCAGCGUUUCGACGAGCGCGAGGAGCAGAAGAGCGGCUACGACGCUCCUCGCAGGUACGGCCCACACGCGGACUCCAGACACCCCGACCCACGGAGGCCGGAGGGGCCCCUACCCUCGGGCACCGUGGUCCACAGGAACUGUUCGAGCCCGGCCGGUCUGGACGCCCCGGCCCCGAGGUUCGAGCGCGAGCGCCUGUCUCCUUUACACCAGAAGGACUCGGCGGAGGUGAGCCCGGUGCCACGCUUCGAGAGUCCCAACAGUGAGCACUCUGACGACGGGCCCCUCAAUCUGGAUGUCCCCCCUGCUCACCCUCCCCCCAAAUCCAUCCUCAAGGCGCCGGCUCGUGGAGGCCCCCUGUCUUCUGUCCGACAGCACAGCGACUCUCCAGGACACACGCCACCUCACGACGGAGGACACCCCCCCUUCAGGUUCGAGGGGCCCGGACACAUGGGCCCCUCCAGACCGCACCCUCCCGGGUGGUACGAAGGUGGUGGCCCCGGGCGCUUUGAUGAUUCGGCCCGGUUCGAUGGGCCUCACCACUCGGGCCCCGGCAGAUUUGAUGGUGGGGGACCGCCUCAUCACAACAUGCCAGAGAGGUUUGAUGGGCCCGGGCAGUGCGACGGGCCCCACAUGCCUCACGGUCCAAUGAGAGGCGGAGACUGUAUUGGGCGGUUUGACGGUCCGCCUCACCCUCAGGGCCCUGGGAGGUUUGAUGGUCCGAUCGGACAGCCGCACCCUGUUAGGUUUGAGGGACAGGGGCCCGGACCGGGUCACUUUGAUGGUCCUAUGCCACGCUUUAACAACAUGGCCCCUGGUCCUGGAUCUGGACCGCUGGGCUUCCAGCAGCCGCGGGCUAUGCGCUUUGAGGGCCCUCCAAACCAGAUGGGCACGAUGAGGUUUGAAGGCCCCGGUCCGAUGAUCUUUGAUGGCCCCGUCCAGCAAGGGCCCAGGUUUGACAUACCCAAUGUGCCACAUCAGGGUGGGCCCCCCAUCUACGAGUGCGCCCCUGGGCAGCAAGGCCCCCCGAGGUUUGCUCCCCAACACAACAUGCAGCCCCCCAUGAGGCCCAUGGCUCCUCCCAUCUAUGAAAAUCCAAUGGCGGCCCCCCAGCAGAACUUCAACCCCCAGCGUUUCCAGGAGCCCAUGAACCCUCAGUUCCCUUCGGGGCCCAUGGUGUUUCCAGCUCAGCCGAACCUGCAGCAGGCGGGAAACUUCAACAUGCAGCCGGCCCCGCCCUUCAGCCAGCCGGCCCCCGGCCCCUUCUACAACCCCGCUGGCUCCGCCGGCAUGCAGCCACCGGUGAACAUGAUGGCGAGCCUCGGCCAGCCCUUCCUGCCUCAGAACCCGGUGCCUUUCAGACCGCAGCCUCCGCAGGUCGUCCCUCCGGAGAACCACUUCGGGCAGGUUGACGUCAACGACCUGCUGUCCAAACUCAUCUCCAACGGCAUCAUCAAACCCUCGCAGCCCGACGCCGCGCCGGCCGCCGACACCGAAUCUUCUUCUGCGGCUCCGGCAGCUCCGGCGGCGGCGGCGGAGGAGGAGGAAGAGGAGGAGCCGGAGGUGGAGGAGGACGACUUCCCGGACCUCACCAGCUUCAACAUCGACGACAUGAAACAGCGCUAUGACAGCGUGGUGACCAAGCUGUACUCGGGGAACCAGUGCUGCCUCUGCAGCAUGAGGUUCACCGCCGCUCAGACCGACCUGUACGCCGACCACCUGGACUGGCACUUCAGACAGAACCACGCCGGGAAGGUCGCCAGCAAGAAGAUCACUCACCGCCGCUGGUACUACACACUCAGGGACUGGAUCGAGUUCGAGGAGAUCGCCGACCUGGAGGAGCGGGCCAAGAGUCACUUCUUCGAGAAGGAGAACGAGGAGGAGGUUCAGAAGAGCCAGGCGGCCGCCAAGGAGAAGGAGUUCCAGAGCGUGAAGGCCACCAAGGACCAGGUGGGAGAGUCGUGUGAAAUCUGCCAGGAGCCGUUUGAGACGUACUGGGUGGAGGAGGAGGAGGACUGGUUCCUGAAGAACGCCGUCAGGGUCGACGACAAGAACUUCCACCCCUCCUGCUUUGAGGAUUAUAAAAACACGUCUUCGUACCUCGACGUCACGCCGUCGCCCAACAGGGUGCUCACUGAACACCCGCUGAGCGCCUUCAUCAAGAAGGAGGAAGACGAGGAGGAGGAGGAGGAGGAGUCUUCCUGUGCUGUCGCUGCUGCCGCCGCCGCCGCCGCCAAACAGGAAGUAGCGUCUGAGGCCAGCGAGCUUCCUGAUGUGAAGAAAGAGGAGGAGCCGGAGGUUUUAACUCAAGUGCAAUCUGAUGAGAGUAAAGCGUAACGCUGCUGCUGCCUCGCCGUCCCUCCGUUUCCCGGAGCAGGCGGCGUUUUUUUUGUUUUGUUUUUUUUAAGCGUGCGGAGGCCGGGUCCUCGGCAACAAUAACCCUCAAUACAUUUUUGUAUUUGGAUUCUGCGCGACCAUUUCAGGUCUGCCGAACUGAAAGUGUUUAUAAAGAGAGAAAUGUUUUGUUUCCUGCGGGGCUGAGAUGUAAAUGAGUUAAUUUAUAAAUUAAAGUAUUUUUUGGUAUCUCUGGUGUAACGCUGAUUGAGCCUGUCGGCCUGGACUCAGCCGGGUUCAUUGAUUUGAUUGGUUGGUUUAUCGGUGGGUAGUUGCAGGUGUUGUUUCAGGCUGCGUUUAAAGGUAAGCAUCAUCUGAUUGGACGACUGAAGACUCCAGCCGCUCUUCAGGAAGCGUCUCUGCGGAGGAUCCACGUCUGUCCGUUGUUUUUCUUUGCUCGAGUUGAUUUUCAAUAAAAGAGUCUGAAAGUGGUCGGCGUGAGCGGUGACUGGUUUAUUGUCACGUAGGUUUCACAAGUUGAAAUAAAGGUUCAGUGGAUUCAAA